UUUAAAAAUGUUCUAUAUCCUGAUUAUGAUGGCGGUGACAAGGAUUUAAACAUUCGUUGAAACUUAUCAAACGUUUCACUUAAAAUGAGGGCAUUUUAUUGUAUCUAAAUUAUGCUUCAGUAAAGUUGAUUUUUAAAAGACAUGCACACAAAUAUAAUUUACAAAUCAUAUCAUUAGCUCGUUUAUGGUGUACCAUUCAGUCAUUCUUAGAGUAUUCCAAGUUGUGCAAACAUCAUUAUCUAAUUCAAGAAGCUUUACAUUACCCCAAAAAGGAACCCUUUAGCUAUUACCACUCACAGUUCCCCUAAUCCUGCUAGUCCUAAAAAACUCUUACUCCUUUUCCGUAGAUUUGCGUAUUUUAAAUAUUUCAUAUAAAUGCAAUCAUACAGUAUGUGGCUCCUCCACGGACGAAGGCAAAAAUGACGAUUUAAACAGUCUAGCAUUCUCAGAGAGGGUUAUAACGCCUAGUAGAGUGGGUCCUGGGUGCGCUCUGCAUUGUGGGUCGGCUUGGGGCAGAAAGUCAUUUAAGGGACCUCCUUCCACUUGCCGCAGCGCCUCACCCCUUCCGGCUCUAGACUACAGUUCCCAGAAAUCCUUGCGGCUCUAACCAACUUCUGGCCCGAAGCUGGCGACCUUUUCCUGUUUCUCAAGGAACUCCCUGGGGUUGGCCGGUACCAUGGAGGAAGAUUGUCUUCAGGGUGCAGGGCCAGCGUCCUAUGGCAGUUUCACUCUGAGCCUGUGUCUGGAUCACGGAGACGCAGAGUAGCCGUUCGGAGUGGGGAGCAGGGAUGUCCCGGAACUGUGCAGCAGCAGGAACCCGAAGGACCGGGCGCCAUCUUCUCCGCGCGGUCCUACUCCGGACUGUAUUUCCCAGAGAUCCCCGCGAGUCCAAGGCAGCCGUUUCAUUUGCCUGCUGGACCCUCGGCCUCAAGGGUAGGGGAAGUGCGCGGUGAGCGGCCUGGGUCUUGCGGGCUCGGCUGGGGCCCGCAGGUGCGUGCCUGGGAGUUUGAAGGGACUGACCAGGCUGGUUUGGAGUGUCAGGCAUAUAGUAGCUGUAGAUCCAGAAUGACCUCUGAUCUGCUCAGUCUGAGCCACAAGAAAGGCCUGGCAUCUCAUGAUUCCUUUCUUCUUCAGCUCUGCUAUUCUCAGAGAGUUACCCAGAGGAAGAAUGACUGUUGACCAAACCAAAUACAAGGAGAACAGCCGCAAGAAAGACUAACCGUCUGCAGUACUGGAAGCCAUGGCUGAGGGAUCAGUGAUGUUCAGUGAUGUGUCCAUAGACUUCUCUCAGGAGGAGUGGGACUGCCUGGACCCUGUUCAGAGGGACUUAUACAGAGAUGUGAUGUUGGAGAACUACAGCAAUCUGGUUUCAAUGGGACUUUACACUCCUAAGCCUCAAGUGAUCUCCUUAUUGGAACAAGGGAAAGAGCCCUGGAUGGUUGGCAGAGAGCUUACAAGAGGCCUGUGUUCAGAUCUGGAAUCAAUGUGUGAAACCAAGUUAUUAUCUCUAAAGAAGGAAGUUUAUGAAAUAGAAUUAUGCCAGAGGGAGAUAAUGGGACUUACAAAGCAUGGCCUUGAGUACUCCAGUUUUGGAGAUGUUUUGGAAUAUAGAAGCCGCCUUGCAAAACAACUGGGAUAUCCAAAUGGGCGUUUCAGUCAAGAAAUAUUCACUCCUGAAUACAUGCCCACAUUUAUUCGACAGACAUUCCUUACUCUCCAGCAAAUAAUGAAUAAUGAAGACAAACCCUUUGAAUGUAAGAAAUGUGGAAAGGCCUUUAGUCAGAACUCACAAUUUAUUCAACAUCAGAGAAUUCAUAUUGGUGAAAAAUCUUAUGAAUGCAAAGAGUGUGGGAAAUUCUUUAGUUGUGGUUCACAUGUUACUCGGCAUCUGAAAAUUCAUACUGGCGAAAAACCCUUUGAAUGUAAGGAGUGUGGAAAGGCCUUCAGUUGUAGCUCAUACCUUUCUCAACAUCAGAGAAUCCAUACCGGUAAGAAACCCUAUGAAUGUAAGGAAUGUGGGAAGGCCUUUAGUUAUUGCUCAAAUCUUAUUGACCAUCAGCGAAUUCACACCGGUGAAAAGCCUUAUGCAUGUAAGGUAUGUGGGAAAGCCUUUACUAAAAGCUCACAACUUUUUCAGCAUGUGCGAAUUCAUACAGGUGAGAAACCCUAUGAAUGUAAGGAAUGUGGCAAAGCCUUUACCCAGAGCUCAAAGCUUGUUCAACAUCAGAGAAUUCAUACUGGUGAGAAACCCUAUGAGUGCAAGGAAUGUGGCAAAGCCUUUAGUAGUGGCUCAGCACUUACUAAUCAUCAGAGAAUUCACACUGGUGAGAAACCCUAUGAUUGUAAGGAAUGCGGAAAGGCUUUUACUCAGAGCUCACAGCUUCGUCAACAUCAGAGAAUUCACGCUGGUGAGAAACCCUUUGAAUGUCUUGAAUGUGGGAAGGCCUUUACUCAGAACUCACAACUUUUCCAGCAUCAGAGAAUUCAUACGGAUGAAAAGCCAUAUGAAUGUAAUGAAUGCGGAAAGGCCUUUAAUAAAUGCUCAAACCUUACUCGACAUCUGAGAAUUCACACUGGUGAAAAGCCCUAUAACUGUAAGGAAUGUGGGAAGGCAUUUAGUAGUGGCUCGGAUCUCAUUCGUCAUCAGGGAAUUCAUACUAAUGAAUAAUAAAAAUUAAAGCCCCUGUCACCUUCCUCAUUUUUUAAACCAAAAAUCAUGUCUGAUGCUUACCGUCUUCCACAGGUUUUUUAAAACUUUGUAUUUAAAUUGUGUAUCCAAAUGUAUUUCACUCCAGGUUAUAAAUUCGGAGUCUAAAUUGACAUUCCCUCUCUCCUCCAGUCACAUACCAAUGCCAGCUGUUCUGUAAUUCUUUGGUUCAUUGUUUUGUUCUGCUUUCUUGGUGACACAUUAUACUCUUGUUUAUAUUU